AUGACAGACACAACGGUUCUCUUGCUGGAGUCGCUUCUAGAGAAAGUGCCAAGCGACUUGCAAGAAAAGAUAAAUGCAGACUCAGAGACAAAGGCAGGCGGAAUUGAGUUUCUCAAGAAUCUUCUAGACGAGGAGGGAGACCCAGAGGUGCUACUUUCGGCAAGUGUUCGGCCAUCGCAGGAUUCAACUGCUGCCAGUAAGAGCAUUGUCGAAAGAAUUGCAGAAUUGGACUCGCAACAGCAUUCGGUUGACAGAUCGAUUCGAAACGAGGUUUACGAGAAUUUGGACUUGGUGCUAAAUGGCAGCGAGGCAUACAAGGAGUGUGAUGGGCAGUUUACGAGCGAGAUGGUUGAUCUUUGUGACCAGAUGCUGGUGGAUAACCAGGGUCAAAGUGAUGAGGCUGAAAGUGAGAAUUCCGACGGUAAGGACACCGAAUCGGAGGAUAAUGAUAAUGAAAACGGGACUACAACGUCUGGAGCCGUGCAACCAGCCGAUACAGAAACGUGGAAGAGCAUUUUGAGGCAGCACAGACGGCAGGACCAGCGAAUAUGGCACAAAAAAGGCCUUAAAGGAGACCAGACUGGCAGAGAUGCGUCUGACGGCCAAACGGGGGCACAGGGUGGAAUUGUAGCAGAGGACUCAUCAUCUGCGAUAUUGUAUGACAUGGAUAGGAUCAUGGAUAUUCUUGAAUUGCCGACAUUAGCCAGUGCAUGCGUGCAAAGUGGACAUUAUGGAGAAUGUGUUGAGAUUGCGUCUUAUGUGCGACAACUUGCCACGUGGUAUUCCGGGGUAUCGCUUAUAGUGUGUGUAGAGAAAGAGCUCAAGCGGGAAAUACACACGAUGAUCGUGAGUUUGGUGCGGCUACUAAACACGGACUUGAAGCAAAGCCACAUUGUGAAGAUUAUCACAUACUUGAGGCGGAUUGCUCCGUUUCAGCAGAAAAACGACACAGAGGGGGCGAAUAGUGAAUUCAGCCAGAUGGAUGACGAGAUUCUUGAAAGAAUACUGCUAAAAUCACGCUACCAGUUCAUAAUCGGCGAGUUGGAGGUGCUAAAACCGCUCUGUAAGACCAACACACGUGAGAAAUACCUAAAACGGUGUAUAGAGGUGCUCCGGGAGCACUGCUUUCUCAACAUACUGACGUUCCAGUCGAUAUUCGGGACCCCAGAGGGUGCAGCCGGCAAAAAAAUGCACCUUCUAGUGUAUUCAUUUGUGAAAGCGUUGAUUUUACAGUUGUGCGGGAUAUUCAAGCAGCAGAUUCCGCUUUUACCAGAUCAAAGUUCCACGGAUGGACUCUUUUUUCAGCUUGUGUACUGCUGCCAGAGUGUGGGGCGAGUGGGUGGGGAUUUCACGCCUAUUAUACUAACGCAGCUUGAUGAGUUUAUUGAUAAGAGACGCUGGUGCCGGAUAUUACGUAAGCAGCAAGUUAUGGCAAGGGCGAUGAGCAGGUGA